AUGGCAGACAUUCGAAGUUUUUUUGCCCCCGAAGGCGUCGUGGCUAGCCAGGGGAAGGACAUCAGCAGCAGCAAGAGCAGCAAGAGCAGCAAGAGCAGCAGCACGAAGAGCAGCAGCAGCAGCAGCAGCAACAGCAGCAGCACGAGCAAACCCGCCGCUUCGAAGGCCCCAAAAAAGGCAGCAGCAGCAGAACAGCUGCGGGAUAAGAAGAAGACAGCAGCGGCAGCAGCAACAGCAGCAGCAGCAGCAAAGAAAGGCCGCCGCGCCUCCGACACCCCUCAGCAGCGAGGCCGGGGAAAGCGGGCCCGCAGCAGCAGCAGCAGCAGCAGCAGCGAAAGUGGAAGCAGUGAGGAAGCGAGUGAAGCCACCGUAGUGCAGAGCAGCAGCAGCAGCAGCAGCAGCAGCAGCGAUGAGGAGACAUUCAGCCCCCCCAAAGCCACCAAGCCUCGCAAAACGGGGCGGCUGCGCCGUGUGGUGCUGUCGGACAGCGAAGAGGAGAAUUCAGCUGCGGAGGGCGCCAAGAGCAGCAGCAACAAAGAGCAGCAGCAGCAGCAGCAGCAGCAGCAGCAGCAGCAGCAGAAGCAGUCCAAGAAGACCGGCACCCGCUGUGUGGUUUUGGAGCCCGGAGAAACUGACAGCGACGAAGAGACAAAGAAGAGCAGCAGCAAAGUCCCCAAGGUGACCCUGGACAGGUUUCUUAAGCCUGCUGCUGCUGCUGCUGGAAACAGCAAGCAGCAGCAGCAGCAGCAGCAGCAGCAGCAGCGGAGUAAGCCACAGAGGGUCGAGGUCGACGUCGACUCCUUCUUUGCUGCUGCUGUCAGCAAGGAAAUGCGGAAAACCAAAAAGCCGUUUCCUGCUGCUUCUGCUGCU